AUUGUGUCGUUGUGUUUUCUCUGUUUGGCAAUGCAGAUGCAAUGCUCAGGGCUCAGUGAACAGUUCUGGAUGGCUGGGAAGAUGGUUCGAAGGCAGACCAGGCAGACAAAAAUGGCCGACAGCCGGCAAAUAGACGACACUUGUGGACAACAGGGGUCUGGCUCCUUGACCUGGCCACGUAGCACAUACGUCUCAACACCUUUGGCAAAUGAAAAGAAAUUGCCAAGACAGCCGAUGUCGAUACGAUGCAACUGGCCCCAGGCUGUAUGCAGCACUCUCUUCCUUUACUCCAGCUUAUCCCUUUUCUCAAUUUUGGUGCUGCACGUGAGCCGCAUCCACACAGCCUCCAACUGA